GAAUGACAGGAAUGACCUUAUCACAGGGCAACCAACCCUCUCCUCUCUUCUCUCUUCUCUCUUCUCUCUUCCUCCUCCUGGUACAAGGAUCACAGCGGGAAAACCGCGGCUGCCCGUGCAUAUCCGCUUGUGGGUAGCGCCUAUAAAGCAACCUCCCGUGCCUACAUCCUAGCGGCCCAUUUGCUAAGGCCUUCCCUUCUUCUUUCUCCUCCAUCUCACUCUUUCUCCUCUGAGCCAUUUCCUUUUUCUUUUUAGCAAUUUGGGUGCUCUAAAACCAAUAAAGAAAUGGCUCAAGCCUCGGAACCGAACCUUCCAGAGCUCUCUUUCUCUUAGGUGAAGUCGAUCAAGAACGAUGGUGAUGAAAUGGGCAUUCCUGAGCAUCUAGCUGAUGCACAUGACAGUACAGAAAACUACUCUCUUGCUUGUCACAGCUUAAGCACAAACGGCUUCUCUAAAAUGGAGGGAAAUGGUAUGGUAGAUCAGAAAAGGACUAUAUAUGUGUGGGACAUGGACGAGACUCUUAUAUUGCUAAAGUCAUUGUUGAACGGGACAUAUGGAGAGGCUUUCAACGGUUCAAAGGACAUUCAGAAAGGAAUGGAACUUGGAAAGUGUUGGGAGAAGCACAUUCUGCAUGUCUGUGACAGUUUUUUCUUUUAUGAGCAGGUUGAGGACUUCAAUGAGCCAUUUCUUGAUAGUUUGAGCGAGUAUGAUGAUGGCAGGGAUUUGUCAGAUUACGAUUUUAACAAGGAUGGGUUCAGUCAUUGUUACGAUGAUGCCAACAAAAGAAAGCUUGCCUACCGAUACCGUAUCAUAGCAAAAAGAUAUGCACAGGGCUUGCAUGAAGUUCUUGAUCAAGAGACAAUUAAAUUAUGGGAUGACCUUUAUGACUUAACAGACAGCUACACCGAUGGAUGGCUAUCUUCUGCACGGUCCAUUUUGUCCCAGUGCAGGGAAAAUGUUCCAGCAAAAGCUCAUUUGUCCAGAGAUGGUGUAGAUAUUAUUGAUGAAGUGGAAGGUAGAUGUGUUAAUGUUCUUGUUACUUCUGGGGCCCUAAUUCCCAGUCUUGUCAAGUGCCUGCUCUUCCGACUCAAUGAUUUCAUUCCAGCUAGAAAUGUUUAUAGUUCAUGGGAUGUGGGGAAGCCCCAAUGCUUCUCAUGGAUCAAAGCUCGUUUCAGUAAUCCAAAUGACCGUUUUUGCGUGAUUGGCAAUGGGAUUGAAGAAUGUCAAGCUGCUGAGACCAUGAACUGGCCUUUCGUGGAGAUUGAUAUGCGGCCCACUGGUGACCAUCGUUUCCCGGGUUUGUCUAUGAGAACUGUCAAGCUUUAUAUCGAAGUUGUAUAUGGAAUCUCUGAUGCUGAGAAUGAUGAAUGAUGGUAUAUCUUUGCUCCUGAUUUGUAAUGGUAACCUGGAACAUAGAGUGUCCUCGAUCCUUGAAGCAGGAAAAAUCUGUUGAUCCAUCAGAAUAUUUGCUCAAGCAGGAGAAGCUUUGUAUAUCCCCUUGAGAUCUUUAGAAAAUGUGUCAUGUUUUCUUGUACGAUAACAUUUUCUGAUAAGGAUCUAAUCUCCUGUUGGCACUUUGGAGCUCAAGAUGGGCACACUUUUGUAAGAGGACACAAGGCAGGUGUUUCGUUGGUUAUAAAACUACUGUCUCUCUUUUUGCACUUUUA